AUGCCUCCCGCUCUGAGCGACCUGGAGUCGUCGGACAGCGAAAUCCCCGCGACCAAGACGUCCAAGCUGUCCAAGAAGCAGCCCGUUGAGCCAGUGGACGCGCCAGUGGAAGACGACGACGACAACCACGACGACGACAACAACAACGACGAUGAAUAUGUCGUGGAGAAGAUCCUCGGACACCGCUUCAACAAGGGCGUGCUGGAGUUUGACGUCAAGUGGCAGGGCUACGACGACCCCGCGGACCGCACCUGGGAGCCCGAGGAGAACAUGGAGACGGCCGCCGACGUGCUGAAGGAGUACUACGAGGACAUUGGCGGGCGGCCCGACAACAAGGGCACAAAGCGAAAGGGACGCGCCUCCAUGGCUAAGAGCGACUCGGCCACGCCCGCCUCGAGCUCCAAGCGCCCCAAGCAGACCACGCACUCCAAGCAGCUCAAGCAGCCCAAGGCCGAGCCCGUCGAGAAGGCCUGGAGCCCGCCCCCGGGCUCCUGGGAACACGAAGUCUCGCACAUCGACACCGUCGAACAGAGCAUCGACCCCAAGACGGGCAAGGAGGCCAAGUACGCCUACAUUGUCUGGAACAACCAGAAGAAGACGCAGCAUCCGUUGAAGCACAUCUACAUCAAAUGCCCACAAAAGAUGCUGGUCUACUACGAAAGCCACCUCGUCUUCACCACAAACGAUGUCAACGGCGCUGCCAUGGACGAGGCCUUCUAG